AUGUUGUGCUUAACAUCCAAACUGAUCACUACAUCCACACCACUCACUAUCGGUGUCCAAACCCGAGGAAUGGCUACACUUAAAGACAUCAGAAUGCGGCUCAAGUCUGUGACCAACAUCCAGAAGAUCACGCAAUCCAUGAAGAUGGUGUCGGCGGCCAAGUAUGCGAGGGCUGAACGUGACCUGAAGUCCGCCCGGCAAUACGGUCUCGGCGCUCAGGCUUUCUAUACGAAUACGGAUCUAAUCAAGAAGGACGAGGCGCCCAAACCGGGCACUCUUCUCAUCGCCAUCACCUCAGACCGAGGCCUCUGCGGUGGUGUCCACUCGUCGGUCGCCAAGAAGAUCCGGGCAAUCAUGAGGACUGAUCCAAACGCCGCUAAUAUUAGGAUUGUAUGCAUUGGCGACAAAUCAAAGGCUAUGCUCGCACGGCAAUUCCCGCAAAACAUACUAAUGAUGUUCAACGAUAUCGGCAAAAAGGCCCCGCAAUUCGGCGACGCGACCACUAUUGCCAACGCUAUACUCGAGAGCGGACACGAGUUUACCGAAGGAAUCAUAAUCUACAAUAAAUUCAAAACUGUUGUGUCGUAUCUCACGAGCGAACUGCCGGUCUUCGGCGCCAAAACGAUCGGCGCUUCGCCUAAAAUGAAUGUUUACGACAGUAUCGACGACGACGUCCUCAAGUCAUACUACGAGUACUCAUUGGCGUCUCUUAUAUACUAUGCGCUCAAAGAGAACGCCACGAGUGAACAGUCGUCCCGUAUGUCCGCUAUGGACUCCGCCAGUAAAAACGCCGGAGAAAUGAUUGGCAAACUGGCGCUUCAAUUCAACCGCACCCGACAGGCGGUUAUCACUAGAGAGUUGAUUGAGAUUAUAUCGGGUGCGGCCGCUCUCUAAUAUGCACCGGUAUUUUUUGAAUCAAUUAUUUAAAAUGGCUUUUUGAAUGAGUAAAUCAACAAAAAUAAAGUUUUAUUUAAUUUCUCUUUCAA